CGUGGGGCUGGCAGCCAAUGGGCGGCUCACUUAGUUCGGCGGCUGGCUUUUUGAAUUGGUGGCGGCGCCUGCUCAUGGCGGAGGUUGUUUUUGCGGUUUGCGGUGAGUGGGCAGCCGGCCCUGGGCGCCGGCAGCGGGCGCGCUGUUGAAGAAAGAAACAAGACAUAAUCAUGGCUGACAACAGUACGGUGGUAUCUGAAGCUGGGAGGAGCCUCUUGGCUGAUUCUUCUGUUCUUGAUUCAAAAAUUAUAGAAACCUCCAAAGAGAAUUUAUUUCCUGGGUCUGCUUUGGAUGUUGAAGAAGAAAUGCCUCAAAUAGAAACAAGAGUGGUUUUGGUUCAGGAAGCAGGGAAACAUAAGGAGCUUCUGAAAGCCUUGGAGACCAUUAAGAUAAUGGAAGUACCAGUUAUAAAGAUAAAGAAAACUAGUCCUGGUAAAUCAGAAGAAAAACUAAUAAAAAGUAUUAUUCAUAUGGAAAUUAAAGUGCCCUACAUAAAGACAGACACAAUAGAAGAGCUUGGAGAUUCUGAUUCCCCAGAAUUUGAAACUAUCUUUGUUGUGUCAGACUUCCAAGAUUGUAUCUUUAACAACCUCUGCAAAGCAGAUUGCCGUGUCAUUGGACCUCCAGUAGUACUGCACUGUGCACGAAAAGGAGAGCCUUUACCUUUCUCCUGUCGUCCACUGUACUGUGCAAGUAUGUUGAACUUGGUACUGUGCUUUACAGGAUUCAGAAAGAAAGAUGAAUUAGUUAAACUAGUGACCUUGGUUCAUCAUAUGGGUGGAAUUAUUCGAAGGGACUUUAGCUCAAAAGUUACACAUCUGGUGGCUCACUCGACACAUGGAGAAAAAUUCAGAGCUGCUGUAAGUCUUGGUACUCCUAUCCUGAAAGCUGAGUGGAUUUAUAAGGCUUGGGAGAAAAGGAACGAAAUUGAUUUCUGUGCAGCUGAUGAUGACUUCAGAGAUCAGUUUAAGGUUCUUCCCUUCCAGGAUUGCAUGUUAAGUUUCCUUGGAUUCUCUGAUGAUGAGAAAGCUAACAUGGAAGAAAUGACAGAAAUGCAAGGAGGACAGUAUUUACCAGUUGGUGAUGAAAGGUGUACACAUUUAGUCGUUGAAGAAAGUACAGUAAAAGAUCUUCCAUUUGAGCCUUUAGAAAAACUGUACGUUGUAAAGCAAGAGUGGUUCUGGGGAAGCAUUCAAAUGGAUGCCAGAGCUGGAGAAUCCAUGUAUCUAUUUGAGAAGUCAGAGAGUCCUGGCCUCAAGAAGUCUGUGUCAUUACUUUCUCUGAGUACUCCAAACAGCAAUCGCAAAAGACGCCGUUUGAAAGAGACUCUUGCACAACUGACCAGAGAAACAGAUAUGUCGCCAUUCCCUCCUCGGAAACGCCCGUCAGCUGAACAUUCGCUUUCUAUUGGGUCCUUGCUGGAUAUUUCUAACACUCCAGAGUCAAGCACUACCAGUGGAGAAACACCAAAAUCCUGUGCAAAGCCUUCAAAAAACUCAACUCCUCUUCCGCUGAAGCAGUCUGCAAGAUGGCAGGUUGCAAAGGAAUUGUAUCAGACAGAAAGUAACUAUGUUGAUAUUCUAACAACAAUCAUUCAGUUAUUUCAAGUUCCGUUGGAGAAGGAAGGGCAACUUGGGGGACCAAUCCUUGCACAGGAAGAGAUUAAGACCAUAUUUGGCAGCAUUCCAGAUAUUCUUGAUGUCCAUACUAAAAUCAAGGAAGACCUAGAAGAUCUUAUGAUGAACUGGACUGAAAGCAGAAGUAUUGGUGAUAUCAUUCUUAAAUAUUCAAAAGACUUGUUGAAAACAUACCCUCCAUUUGUGAAUUUCUUCGAAAUGAGCAAGGAGACUAUUACUAGGUGUGAAAAGCAGAAGCCAAGGUUUCAUGCCUUCUUAAAGAUAAACCAAGCUAAACCUGAAUGUGGCCGCCAAAGCCUAGCUGAACUCCUUAUCCGUCCUGUUCAAAGGCUGCCUAGUGUUGCUCUACUACUAAAUGAUAUUAAGAAGCAUACAGCAGAAGAGAACCCAGACAAAGUAACUCUAGAGAGAGCUAUUGAAUCAUUAAAGGAAGUGAUGACGCAUAUUAAUGAAGACAAAAGAAAAACGGAGGCACAAAGGCAGUUCUUUGAUGUUGUCUAUGAAGUUGAUGGAUGUCCAGCCAAUCUCCUGUCCUCUCACCGAAGCUUAGUUCAACGUUUGGAAACUGUAGCACUUAGUGAUGACCUCUGUGACAGGGGAGAACAGGUUACACUCUUUCUGUUCAAUGAUUGCCUAGAGAUUGCGAGGAAACGGCAUAAAGUUAUUGGUGUUUUCAGGAGUCCACAUGGCCACACAAGGCCUCCUGCAUCUCUCAAGCAUGUUGUUCUAAUGCCUCUCUCCCAGAUCAAGAAAGUCCUAGACAUCAGGGAGACAGAAGAUUGCCAUAAAGCUUUCGCCUUAGUUGUGCGGCCACCGACCGAACUCAACAACAAACUCUUCAGUUUCCAGAUGACAAGUGAAGAGCCUCCCAAAGAAGAUUGGUUGAAGCUGUUGUGUCGGCACGUGGCUAACACGAUUUGUAAAGCAGAUGCAGAAAAUCUCAUUUAUACUACUGAUCCCGAUUCAGUUGAAGUAAGUACUAAAGACAUGGAUAGUACUUUAAGCAGAGCUUCCAGGGCAAUAAAGAAAACAUCAAAAAAGGUUACAAGAGCAUUUUCUUUCUCAAAAACCCCAAAGAGAGCUCUUCGAAGGGCUUUGAUGUCACAUAGUGCAACAGAAGGAAGAAGUCCCAGCUCGGCUAAUGAGAAUUACAUAGGCAGCCGACUGACUAGUACGUCGUCAUUAACGAUUGCUCAUUCAUCUUCAACAUGCAACCUAAGUGGGUCUGUCAAAUGUGCUGUUAAUGUUCAUCGCUCCAAUUCUGCUGACUGGAGCUCCCAAAAUUCCAGGCCUCGACCUGUGGUGUGUCCUGGCUCUCCAAAUAUUCAUCUUUCUAAUGCUGUAGAAGAAAAAACCUCUUCCAACUUGGAAAGCUUAAAUGGUCAUGCCUUGGACAGAUUAUGUCGUAUCCCUAUUAUUACUAUCACUUGUGGUGAUGCUGGAGAUAAUCAGUAUGGUGCUGAAAAAUACUGUGCAUCAAACCCUGACUGUUAAUACCCAUCUUGCAUGAAGUGAGCAAAAAAACCUGAUCUUGAUUCCUCUAAACUAAGACACCGUGGUACAACUAUAUAAACCCCUAGAAUCCAUGAAUUGUUUUAGAUGGUGUUGGGUUUUUCUUUGAUUUGUUCUAGUGCAUGGAGUUGGAGUAAUUACUCACAUGUGGUUUAGUUCUGGUUCUGGGUGCAAAGUUAAUUCUUUCACAGACCCCUUUAACUUUAGUUUAUCUGUGUGUGUGUAGGUUUCCCCUUAAUUUCAAUACAAUUGAAUUACCGUUUCUGUUUAGUUGUCCAAGUGGCAGUAUAGCUUAGGGGUCAGAGUUGAAAGGACUUUAAUAACUUGGUUUCAGGGAAGUUUUGAGCAGCUAAUUUUACCUGUGGAUUUAAGCUUUUGUUCCCCUAUCUGUAAACAGAAGAAAUACCCUGUAUAAAGUACUUUAGAGUCUAAUAAGAGCUGCUAUUUAAAGAGGAGUUGAGGAUUUAAUUUUCAAACAGUGCAUAUGACUGCAAACAGAAGAUGUGCCACAAAUGGGCUUUAGGCUUCAUAGUGAGGUGGCAUAUCCUUACCUGCUCGAAAUAUCCCUAUUUAAAAGAUUCUUGAAGCAUGCAGGUGCAGCAAGCUGCCUAACUACCAUGACCUGUUUAUAUGCUGAAAAGCUUGGCUGUGCUAUAAAGAGCAACAGAAGAUUGCUUAUGGAAGUAUUUUGAGGUCUAAUGUAAAAAGAAUAUAAAGUUUCAGCUGAUCCGAAGAGGUUAACGUUUAGUACUAGAUAUUGAUGUGUUGAUUUCACUGUAAUUAAGUUCCAGAAGCAGUCUAUGCUCCUAGCACCAGAAAAGUCAGCUUUUUGCCCGGUUGUGCCCAUCCAGGCACAGCUAAAGCAAGCUUUGACAAAUCAUUGUGAUGUCUGUUGCCUUCUGUAGCCAAGAAGGCAUGUGUUCAGCAUCUAAUUUGGGGCUUAAAGCUGGUAAGGAUGCAGAAAUUUGUAGGAUCUGAGGGGAGCUCCAUUUCUCUAAGAUUAUCAUAAUGUAUCUUGCCUUCAAUUUGGAGAGAGAUUAUUAUUGCAAAAAGUGUGAUGCAAGAUGUACGCUAAUACUUGGUUAACAGCUGUUCAUCAAAAACAUGUUCUUGCAUCUGAAUCUCUCGAGGCUGGUAACAAGGAAAAAUCUUUCUUCUGCAUUUUUUUAAAUAUAUGCAUUCUACUCAUUUAGCUCAUUUAACUUUUCUGUUCAAAAUCUAGAAAUGCUGAAUCAUUAAUUUCAAAAAGCUGCCAAUCUCACAUAGUAUAAGGAAUGUAACAGUACAGAAGGUAUUUAUCAGGAUCGAGAAAUGACUACUGUACUAUUGACACUGGCUAAUAAAUGAUUAAAUAACUUUUUUUUUUUCUUCUUUCU